GCGACAACCAACCAAUGGUAGGCUUGAAUGUUCCAGAGCUGGGGAGAAAUUUAGGUAUCGAGCGCCAAAGAUAGUCCCUAUCUGAUGGCGGUUGCCUCAGCAGCAGUGAUGGACAGGAUUGUAAUCCUUGAUGAUGAUGAGGAAGAGGAGAGGCCUCAGCCCUCUUCCUCCACCUCCUCCUCUAAACUCUCAGCCAAUCAGCGUACGCCUCCAAAAAUCCAACAGCCCGCUCCUACUCACAUCACCCAAUCUCCUUUCGCCACGGUGAAGAAAGAGAGCCACGUUCUUCAAGCAGAGAACCAAAAGCUCUUUACUGAGUUUGUAGAGUACUGCUCGGCCCACACUCAGGACUGCCCCGAGGUCAUGACCUUCCUGCACGCAAAGCACUCCAAGGCCUCGCCGGACUUCCUGUCCUCGGUAGAGUUUCGCAACACACUGGGCCGCUGCCUGACGCGCGCCCAGGCCAGCCGCACCAAGACCUUCGUCUACAUCAAUGAGCUGUGCACCGUCCUUAAACAGCACUCCGGACAAGAGGAGGCAGACUGUCGGGAAGGUGGUUCCCCGCCCGGGGAGAAGAAGGAGAUGGAAGAGGAGGCACCGGUGGAGGAGCUACCGUCUACCUCGGGGCAGCAGGAAGAGGAGGAGGAUGCGGUGGAGGACGAGAAGGAGAAGAAGACGAAGAAGGCUUCCCGGAGACAGAUUGCGUACCUGGAGAACCUGCUGAAGAUGUACAAUGAUGAGAUCCGGCGGCUGCAGGAGAAGGAGCUGAGCGUCAACGAGCUGGAGGAGGAGGACUCCAGCUACAUCCAGGAGCACAGGCUAAAACGCAAGAUGAUGAAGAUCUAUGAUAAGCUCUGUGAGCUGAAGGGCUGCAGCAGUCUGACAGGCCGAGUGAUCGAGCAGAGGAUCCAAUAUAAAGGGACACGCUACCCUGAGGUCAACAGAAAGAUUGAGCGUUUCAUCAAUAGUCCCGAGGCCCAGCUGAAUCCCCCCGACUACACGGACAUCCUGCAGCAUGUCCGUCGGGCCAACGAGCGCAAAGGCCUCAACCUCAGCAGAAAGCAGCUGACCCAGAUCGCCCAGGACGCCUUCCGUGAGACUGGCAACCGCCUGCAGGAGAGACGCCACCUCGACAUGGUCUACAACUUCGGCUCGCACCUCACAGACCUCUACAAACCCGGUAAGAGAACGUAG